AUGGCGUGGGUUCCUGCGGAGUCUGCGGUGGAGGAGUUGAUGCCACGGCUUUUGCCGGUGGAGCCCUGCGACUUAACGGAAAGUUUCGAUCCCAGCGUACCUCCGAGCACUCCCCAGGAAUACCUGAGGCGGGUCCAGAUCGAAGCAGCUCAAUGUCCAGAUGUUGUGGUAGCUCAAAUUGACCCAAAGAAGUUGAAAAGGACGCAAAGUGUGAAUAUUUCUCUUUCAGGAUGCCAGCCUGCCCCGGAAGGAUUCUCCCCUACUCUUCAGUGGCAACAGCAGCAAGUGGCUCAGUUUUCAACUGUUCGGCAGAGUGUGAACAGACAUAGAAGUCACUGGAAAUCACAACAGUUGGAUAGUAAUGUGACCAUGCCAAAAUUUGAAGAUGAAGAAGGCUGGAAAAAAUUUUGUCUAGGUGAAAGGUUAUGUGCUGAAGGUGCUAUUGGACCAGCUGCAAGUGAAAGUCCUGGAAUCGAUUAUGUACAAAUUGGUUUUCCUCCCUUGCUUAGUAUUGUUAGCAGAAUGAAUCAGUCAACAGUUACUAGUGUCUUGGAAUAUCUGAAUAAUUGGUUUGGAGAAAGAGACUUUACUCCAGAAUUGGGAAGAUGGCUUUAUGCUUUAUUGGCUUGUCUUGAAAAACCUUUACUACCGGAGGCUCAUUCACUGAUUCGGCAGCUUGCAAGAAGGUGCUCUGAAGUGAGGCUUUUGGUGGACAGCAAAGAUGAUGAAAGGGUUCCUGCUUUGAAUUUAUUAAUCUGCUUGGUUAGCAGGUAUUUUGACCAGCGUGACUUAGCAGAUGAGCCAUCUUGA